AUGAACACGUGCACUGAUAGCGACAGCUGUGCCAUCGCGUUAUAUCAGACAGCUAAUGUAAUUAGUAAUGUAAUUAGCUACUAAUCAACGCAAGUGUGACGGACACGAAAGAUCUAAUAUCUAUUAGGUAAACUGGAUUCCAUCCUCGCUUACUUGAUGGCCAUAUUUAUUCUUCUUACUUUUCUAACAACAUUUGAAUUACUAGACUGUGAAUGUUUACGCGCAAUGUUCCUACUUUUUAGGAAUGUAACUGGAACACUAAAACCCAAGCAAAGAUUUAUUUCAUUCAUUAAACAGAGUACCGUACUUGGAAUAUCUGCAUAAGUAGAAUUAUUUGAAAACAGACUAUUUAACUCAUUAUUAGUGGCGUGAUAAAUGCUGAAUAAUACAUAUUUAUGUCAUAUACAUCUGUUGAAAUUUUGCUCAGUAGAAGAAAUCUCAGAUAGAAGGAAGGAAGGAAAUUUAUUUGAUCGAUGGUAAUAUUUCCAGUUUUAAUUAUCAUAAUGUAAUUGCGUCGUGCGUAUACACAUUUAUAUAUUUUUGAAUAUUUUGAAAAAUACAUAAAUACUUGUGGUUAAAUAGUGAUUUCGUGCUAGGUUACAGGAUAUCAAAUGCACAGAAUAAUAGUGUUUAUCAAACUUGUUUGUUCGACGUUACUUGUCGUUGCUGAUGGAGAAGUUCUUCCAUCUCCUCCUUGUCUCCUUCCUUGUGUAAAUUGUUCUCUUGUAAAACGCUUGUCUCCUCUUGUGAGUAGCUUGUUCUUCGUUGAAUAAUUAACAACUUUAAUUAAAAAGCUAUAUAAUCCUUGGCCAUAGAUGAGCAAAUUUUAAUUAAAUAAAUUUCAAAUCCGUUUUGAUUCUUUAAAUCAUGACCUGAAUAUAAUAUAAUUUAUUUUUUAAGUAAAGAGGGCAACAGGUGCGAGAGAUUGAGAAUUAAUGAGUCAUACAACUUGCAGCUCUUGAUUAACAGUAUAAUAUAGACAAGUCACAUGUGCGUAUGAUGCAGAGUGAUGAAGAAAGGAAUCCAGAAGUACAAAGAAAUCGGCAAACGGGUGUUGUAAAUUUUGUUGCAAGAGAAACACCAGCGAGUAGGCAG